AGGUAAGCGGGUUGCAUUAGCGGCUAGACAGUGCGAAUAUCCGGAAGGAAAGCAGUUUGAGGAGAUUUUGAGUACGGUGGCAGAACAAGCAAGACAUAAGGAGGCACAACAAGAAAUAAGUCACGCGUUGGGCGUGAGAGAGGCGAUUCUUUGGAAGUAGCAUCAGUAGGAGCCAAACUGGAGACGAAACCGGAAGAACCGAUUCAGAAAGAGUCUGUUAGUGAACUGGUUCCGAAUCCAAUAUUGGCCUCAGUGUGCGAGCGAACAGAUUUUGGUCUCUUAAAAGCAACAUUAGCGGAAAUGCCAUGCGAGUUCUUGAUCGAUUCGGGUGCCCAAGUCAACACGGUGACAGAGUUAGUGUUCGAGAAAUUAAUCGCAAAUGAUAAGUACAACAAAGGGGUUUACAACAUUCAACUAGGAACCGAUCGUCCGUUGAAGGCCUAUGCGGCAUCAGACGGCAUAGAAGUUUUGUGUACCUUUGAAGCGUUUCUUUAUGUUUCGGAAGAUCGUCCAAUGCUGCUCGAGAAGUUUUAUGUCGUAAGGGAAUUGCGUUCAUUACUAGGCAGGGCCACGGCGAUAAGAUACAGUUUAUUACUUCUUGGAUUGAAGGUUCCCGUUAUCGAUAGUGCUUCAGAAGGCAAUAAGGACAAUAGAUGGCGGAACAUAGCUUUCAUCUGCUCGGGAGCAAUUUUUCCUAAAUUCAACAUUCGAUUCGAGUAAACCUCCAUGUCGUAACAUAUAUAUGAACGUACCCAUUGCGAUGAAAGAGGUAGUUUGACAUAGACUCGAUGAACUAAUAACAGCGGGUAUAAUUGAGCUCGUCACAGAUGAGAUGAAUAUGUCAUUUUGCUCAUCAAUGCUAGCAUCAACUAGCGCAUUUUUUUCAUAUCGAGCUUCAUGAGAAUUCACAUUUAACCAAUUUCAUGACGGAAUUCGGCAUGUUCCGGUACAUUCGACUACCCUUUGAUUUAUGCAAUUCACCGGACAUAUUCCAGAAGGUAAUGGAACGAACGAUUCUGGGAGGAUGUGAAGGCGUUGUUAACUACCUCGACGAUAUUUUGAUUUACGGUGGUACAAAGAAGGAGCACGAUAGAAAUCUAUCCGAGGGUCGAGCAAGGCUUAAGGAUCAUAACGUGCAAGUGAAUUCUUCCAAAUGUGUUUUCGGAAGUCAAAGGAUAAAAUUCGUAGGUUUUGAAUUGACAGAUGGCGGAUGGCGAAUUGAACAGGAGAAAAUCAAUGCGAUCAAACUUUUAAAAGACCUACAUCGUGUUCGGAGGUUAAGAGCUUUCUCGGAUUAAUAACUUUCGUUGAUAGGUUCCUUAUUGAUCGAGCAACAAAAACAGAACAUCUAAGAAUGUUUGCCAAUGGUACCAGAUUUUAUUGGUCUGACGCUGAGGAGGCUGAAUUCACGACUUUGCAGACUGAUACAAUAGAAAAACGCUAGGGUACUUUAGCAAUACAGAUAAAACCGAACCUUUUGUUGAUGCUUCCCCUAUAGGUUUAGGAUCCGUAUUAGUUCAGUACGCAACACAUGGUACACCUAGAAUAAUUGCAUGUGACUCGAAGGCACUCACUAUUACCGAGCAAAAUUACCCCCAAUCUCACAGAGAAGCGUUAGCCGUAGUAUGGGGCGUUGAGCGUUUUACAUUCUAUCUUACCGGUAGAACAUUUGUGGUGCGUACAGACGCAACGGCAAACGAAUUCAUCUUCCACUCCAACUACCGUAUUGGGAAGCGAGCGUUCGCAAGAGCCGAGGGAUAUGCAUUGAGACUCCAGCCAUAUGACUUCACAAUAGAGAGAAUUGAAGAACAAGAAAACGUAGCGGAUGCAUUAUCACGAUUGAUUCGCGAUACCCAGGAUCCUGAAUCUUUUGGAGAUGACGAUGAGUCACCUGUAUUGUGUACUCUAGACGCAAUACAGGUUGUAUGGAAAUCACCUUAAGUGAGAUAGAGUGUUCUUCAGAACAGGAUGAGGAGUUGAAUAACUUACGAGAUGCUUUGAGUCACAACAUUUGGCCUGAGGAACUUCGUAAAUACUAAGCACAUCGGAAAAAUAUACAUAUUCUUGGAGCAUUAUUUUGUAAAGGCGACCGGAUCAUUUUACCUUAAGCAUUGAGGAAAAAAGCGAUGAUUUCUUCUCAUAGUGGACACAUUGGUGAAGUUGCCAUGAAGCGUAUCAUGCGCGAAUUUUUCUGGUGGCCGAAAAUGAGCACCGAGAUCGAAGCUUUUUUCAAAAAUGUGAAACAUGUGUACUACUGUCAAGAAAAAACUCUCCAGUACCUUUGGCUUCACGCGAACUUCCGAAUGGACCGUGGGAAAUAAUUCAAAUCGACUUUCUCUCGGUAUCAGGAUUCGGGUCGGGAGAAUUCCUCAUGAUUGUGGAUACGUAUUCGCGGUUUUUAGCCGUAAUUGAAAUGUAUCGCAUUAACGCUGAUGCUGUAAAUUCGGCCUUAUCGGAUAUCUUUAAACGUUGGGGAUUGCCUCUCAUAAUCCAGAGUGAUAAUGGACCUCCAUUUCAAAGCUCAGCUUUCUGUGAUUUCUGGGAAGAUAAAGGAGUUAAAGUACAUAAAUCGAUUCCGUUGUGCCCACAGUCAAACGGUUUAGUUGAAAGACAGAAUCAGUCAAGCAAUAAAACAUUAUCGGCAGCUAAGAUCGAUGGCAAAAAUUGGCGAAAAUCUCUAGAUGUAUUUGUACAUAACCACAAUACGUUGAUUCCGCAUUCAAAGUUGAACUCGAACUACUCGUUGGGUGGAAGUUUGGAGGCACGUUCCCAAGCCUCUGGAACGAAAUGUAUGAAAAAGAAAUAGACCGUAUGAAUGUUCAAGAGACAGAUGCAGACGCCAAGCUGAUAAGUACGAAAUACGCAAACCGGAGACGAGGAGCAAAAUGUUCCGACAUACACGUCGGAGAUACCAUAUUUUUGAAACAACAAAAAAACAGGAAGUGGGUUAUAUCUAUGGUAUAACCGCAAGGGUGACGUAGGACUAUCGUUGAUUUAAUGAUCAUUUGUUUGAAGUUGAAUCUAAAUCCAUUCUGAAUGAAUGAAUAAAUGAAUAUUUGGGGGACUUCGAAAACGAGAGCGUUACGUUGGAGGCACAAGGUUUUAUGCAUCCAAUAUAGGAUACGAAAAACCUUGUUCUGAAGAAUAAUCUUCAGAAGCUAACCUGCUAACUGUACUUGAUUGACAAAACACAAACCCAAAUGUAUUAUAUGGAUAUUUUAUGGAUAGAAAACAUUAAAAUAAACUCUUUCGCUUGAAUGUAAUUUUCAAUUCCAAGGGGAACUGGCAGAUUAUUUUCCAGCAACUAUUAGAUAUUUCCACAUUUUCCUCGAUACUGGAAGCCCACCAGUGGUUAAUACUAACUCGAUAACCACCUGUUAAUAGUACUUGAUUGAAAAAUAUUUGGUCACAGUGUUACAUGGAUAGAAAACAUUAAAAUAAACUCUUUCACAUGAAUGUAUUUUUAAAUUCCAAGAGGAACUGGCAGAUUAUUUUCCAGCGUUACGGAACCGUUUGGUACAUCACGCCACUCGGGUCCGCCAACCUACGGUCGACAACGUGGAGCGUGCAGCGUCAGCAGUAUGCAGUCAUAAGAGGGCCGCGAGCGCAUGGCUCGCCCUCUUUUUCGCUGUGCAGUUCUUGUGGAGCACCGGUGGUGCCGUGUGAUUAGUGAUAAGUGAAUAAAUUGUUGAAAGUAGUUAGUUUUUAAAAGUGUUUGCAUAUCACGAUUCCCAUAAGUGGUGUCAGAAGUGGGAUCGUGAGGUGUUAAAAUAGUGGAAGAUCCCGCCGCACGAGUAACCAGCCGUCGAAGGAUCACCCGGAUGCUGCAAACACAACCGUAAGUGAAUUACUACAUCACGCCACUCGGGUCCGCCAACCUACGGUCGACAACGUGGAGCGUGCAGCGUCAGCAGUAUGCAGUCAUAAGAGGGCCGCGAGCGCAUGGCUCGCCCUCUUUUUCGCUGUGCAGUUCUUGUGGAGCACCGGUGGUGCCGUGUGAUUAGUGAUAAGUGAAUAAAUUGUUGAAAGUAGUUAGUUUUUAAAAGUGUUUGCAUAUCACGAUUCCCAUAAGUGGUGUCAGAAGUGGGAUCGUGAGGUGUUAAAAUAGUGGAAGAUCCCGCCGCACGAGUAACCAGCCGUCGAAGGAUCACCCGGAUGCUGCAAACACAACCAAUACUGUGGCUCCUUACGCUGGUAGGGAUGGCCACUUCAGACUUGAGAAUUCAUACCCUGGAUCAGAGUCCGAUCAUUAUAGUUCCGUUAGGACCCGCUAAAAUAAGCACUAGUUCUCUGCGAAUUGUGCACCCCAUAAACUUGACCUCAAUUGGAACAAUUGUAGAAAACUUUAACGCCGUUUCUAUGGAGAGAUUGUCGAAUCAAACGCCUUUUAAGUCAAUAGUUAAAGCAAAAUUAGACAAAAUAAACUUGAGUUACAACCGAAUAAAACCACUACGUAGGAGAAAACGAUGGGAAUCUCUCGGAAAGGCCUGGAAAUACGUAUCGGGAAGCCCAGACGACCUUAAGAUUAUAAAUUCGUCAUUAAAUUCAUUAAUUAGCGAGAAUAACAAGCAAAUAAGAAUCAAUAGUGCUUUCGAUUCACGAAUGAGCAACAUUACAAAAGCAAUUAACGUCAUACUGAAAAAUGAGGAAAAUGUAAUACAUUCCUUAGAGGGCUUUGAUGUAUUAGAAUUAAUAUUCAAAAUUGAUGAGCUAUUAUACUACUUAGACAUAAUCGAAGAGGCGAUCACACUAGCGAGACGGAGUAUCCCAAGCAGCCGCAUCAUUCACCUCGACGAAUUGGAAACCAUUCAUCAUUCCCUCAUUAAUGACGGUUUCGGGCUUAACUCGGUCGAUAGCAUACUUAGUACUGCCAAUGCCUACGCAGUAUUAAACAACGAAAUUUUCAUGUACAUACUGAAGAUACCCAGGAUCAAAAAUGUACAGUACACCCUCAACUUCAUUGAACCAGUCAUUGUAGAUCACCACAGAGUCCACCUACAAACACAGUUUUAUUUGAAAGGACAGAAAUCAUUCAUGUUAAAAAGCGCUUGUUCCAAAGCCAACGCCAUGUUUAUAUGUUCCUCAACGGAUCUAGAACCUUUGACGGGUUGUAUGCAACAAUUGGUCUCCGGAAAUACAGCAGAGUGUCCCAUAGAACGCACCUACGGAAACAAAACUAUUCGGAAAAUCAAUGAUGGCAAUAUAGUCGUCAAUGCAAUCAAUGUAACACUUUCGUCAAACUGUUCAGUCACCCAACGCACUCUACAGGGGUCGUUCCUAAUCCAAUACUCAAACUGUACACUGAAAUUGGAUGACGAGGAAUAUGUCAACACAAACAUGGAGAUACAGCCGUUCAUACCUACCACGGGAUUGAAGGUAAAUCCAACCAAACUGUUUAACCACAUUCCGUUGGAACAUUUACAGGAGUUACAUAUGGAACAGCGUAACCAUAUCACACACCUUAACCUGACAGCCGAAAACCUCCAUUGGAAACUUCAUUUCCUGGGAUGGAUAGCAUCCGUAAUCUCAUCAACUUUACUAAUCUGCAUACUGGGUUCAUCCAUAAUCAUCGUUUUGAAAUUCGCCGCCUGGAAGACACUCCUUACCAACAGCAAACCAGAAGUCAUCGAACAGGAUACCAUCGCAUCAACCGAGGCCCAUCCCGAGUCCAGAGAGGUACCGCUGAUACUUCAGCAGUAGACGAAAGCCGAGGACGUCUUUCAGCUAAGGGGGAAGCCGUUACGGAACCGUUUGGUACAUCACGCCACUCGGGUCCGCCAACCUACGGUCGACAACGUGGAGCGUGCAGCGUCAGCAGUAUGCAGUCAUAAGAGGGCCGCGAGCGCAUGGCUCGCCCUCUUUUUCGCUGUGCAGUUCUUGUGGAGCACCGGUGGUGCCGUGUGAUUAGUGAUAAGUGAAUAAAUUGUUGAAAGUAGUUAGUUU